AGUUGCGUGUGCGCUGUGAGAGGCAGAGGGUUGCGCAGACGAGGCUGCGCCGCGCAGAGCCGAGAGCCGUCCGUCGCCGCCGAGCGCUCCGAACGAAACGGUCACCCGUCAUUUGGUGUCCCGCCUUGCUCGAGGCCGCACCGCCGCGGGACCGACCCUCUCCGGCAGGCGUGUGCACGUUGUCGUCAUCGAACACGACGACACAUUGCUGUGCUGUGCUCGUCGCUCAGUUUUUGUGACAAUUCCAUUGGAUUUCUGGACGUACUUCGGCGCUGCCCCGCCACUUCGCACCACGGAUAUCAGUGACAGUGAACAUCAAGACCGGGGGGACUUGCAUGCCAUGGCUGCCCUCUCCUUCGUGAUCUGUGGAUAAACCUCGAAAACUACAACAACUUUGUGAAUGUGCAAAAUUUUGUUUUCGUUUGCGUUCUUGUUACUUUGUGCUGUGUGUGUGGAAAUAGUGUCAGUGAGUGAAGUGAAAUGAGAGAACCGGUCUCGUGCUCGUGACGACCGAUAUUGACCAUCACCGCAGCCGACAACAUGAGUGCCAUGCUGCUGCUCGCCGCCGCCGCGGUGGUGCUGACGGCGGUGUCGGCCGAGACGCCGGUCUCCCUGGGCGGCGCGAGCGCGGCCGCCCUGCUGCCGCCCCAGCACGCGGGCCCCGCCGGCCCCGCCCCGCCCUCGCUCCGCUACGAGGCGCCCAACGACUGCCAGUGGUGGGUGCGGCAGGACGCCGCGCCCGUCGACCAGGAGGUGGCGCUCUCCUGCAAGCUCCGCACCAUCAACAGCGAGUUCGACAAGACCAACUUCAGCGUGAUCCCGGCCGAGCACACCACGUCGCUGCGCAUCGAGUGCAGCGACACGCUGCUGUCCAAGAGCUCGCUCGACGACCGCAGCUUCGCGCACCUGGUCCGCCUGCGCGAGCUGACCCUGGAGAACUGCAAGCUCAGCAAGUGGCCCAGGGAGACGCUGACGGGCCUGGGCGACCUCCGCAACCUCACGGUGGACACGCGCAACACGGACUGGACCGACAUGAGCCUGGAGCUGGCCGCCGGCUCGUUCGAGGCCGUGGCCAAGCUGGAGCGCCUCGACUUAAGCUACAACAACAUCUGGUCGCUCCCGGACGGCCUCUUCUGCCCCCUGAGCAACCUCGUCUCCCUCAACAUGAGCCACAACCGUCUCCAGGACGUCGGUGAGCUCGGCUUCCGUGAAAAGACCCCCUCCUCGCCGCCGCCGCCAUUGCCGCUAAUGAGUGGCGCCCAGGACGCCGACGCGGCCACCAUCGCGUCGGCGCUGCAGCGCCCGUCCUCCGUGUCGUGCCUGCUCGACGUGCAGGUGCUGGACGCCUCCUUCAACCACUUUGUGCUCGUGCCCGCGUACGGCUUCAGCCUGCUGCGCCGCGUGCGCGAGCUCCACCUCCAGAACAACGAAAUCUCCAUGGUGACCGACCGCGCGCUGGCCGGCCUCAAGAACCUCGAGAUUCUGGAUCUGUCCAACAACAAAAUCGUGGCGCUUCCCGGGGACAUGUUUCGCGAGUGCGCAGGCGUCGUGAAGGAGAUCUACUUGCAAAACAACUCGGUGAGCGUCCUGGCCCCUGGACUGUUUGCAGGGCUCGAGCAACUGCUCGCCCUGGACUUAUCCAGGAACCACCUGUCCAGUGCGUGGAUCAACUCGGGCACCUUCUCCGGGCUUAUCCGGCUCGUGCUCCUCAACCUGUCCCACAACCGCAUCUCUAAGCUCGAGCCUACAUUGUUCAAGGACCUGUACACACUGCAGAUCCUGAACCUGGAGCACAACCAGCUGCACACGAUCCCGGCCGACACUUUCGCGCCCAUGAACAAUCUGCACACUCUCAUCCUGUCAUACAACCUCAUCAAGUACCUGGACGCCUACUCGCUCAACGGCCUGUACGUGCUCAGCUUGCUGUCCCUUGACAACAACGUCCUGGAAGGCACACACCCCGACGCGUUCCGAAACUGCAGCAGCCUCCAGGACCUAAACCUCAACGGCAACGCGCUUACCGGCGUGCCGCCCGCGCUCCGGGACAUGCGCCUGCUGCGCACAGUGGACCUGGGCGAAAACUCCAUCAGCAGCCUGGAGGAGCCCGGUUUCAAGGGCAUGAACAACCUGUAUGGCCUGCGCCUCAUUGGCAACCAGCUCACUAACAUCAGCAAGAAGGCCUUCGUCGAGCUGCCAUCCCUGCAAAUUUUGAAUUUGGCGCGCAACAAAAUUCGCCAGGUAGAGAAGGGCUCAUUUGACUUGAACGCGAACCUGCAGGCCAUCCGCCUCGACGCCAACGCCAUCACGGACAUAACGGGUCUGUUUGUUGACGUGAACAGCCUGCUCUGGCUCAACAUUUCGGACAACCAUCUCGAAUGGUUCGAUUACGCCCUUGUGCCGCGCGGCCUGCAGUGGCUGGACCUGCACAAGAACCACAUCACGGAGCUGGGCAACCACAACGGCCUGGACUCUGAGCUGCGGCUGCAGACACUCGACGCCAGCUUCAACAAGCUCACCCGGGUCACUGCCGCCACCGUGCCAAACAGCGUGGAGCUGCUCUUCCUCAACGACAACCUCAUCCAGAGCGUCGAGUCGCAGACGUUCAUCGGCAAGGUCAACCUGACGCGCGUCGACCUGUACGCCAACCAGAUUGUCAGCAUGGACCUCAACGCCCUGCAGCUGACCGUCGUCGACCGGGACCGCCCCCUCCCCGAGUUCUACAUCGGCGGCAACCCUUUCCAGUGCGACUGCACCAUGGAGUGGCUGCAGCGGAUCAACAAGCUCGACCACUUGCGCCAGCACCCGCGGGUCAUGGACCUCGACUCCAUCUACUGCAAGCUGCUGUACAACCGCGACCGCACCUUCAUCCCGCUCGUCGAGGCCGAGCCCUCGCAGUUCCUGUGCACGUACAAGACGCACUGCUACGCGCUGUGCCACUGCUGCGACUACGACGCCUGCGACUGCGAGAUGACCUGCCCGUCGAACUGCACGUGCUACCACGACCAGAGCUGGUCCGCCAACGUGGUCGAGUGCUCGGGCGCCGGCUACACCGAGAUGCCCAGCAGGAUCCCCAUGGACGCCACCGAGGUCUACCUGGACGGCAACAACCUGGGCGAGCUGUCUCGCCACGCCUUCAUCGGCCGCAAAAACCUAAAGGUGCUCUACGCCAACAACUCCAACAUCGCUGCCGUGCACAACAACACGUUUGGCGGGCUGCGGCGCCUGUCGGUGCUGCACCUGGAGAACAACCAGAUCCAGGAGCUGCUUGGCUACGAGUUCACUUCGCUGGAAGACCUUCGCGAACUCUAUCUGCAGGCCAACAAGAUCAGCCACAUCGACAACCGCACCUUCCUGGGCCUUGCCAAGCUCGAGAUACUCCGGCUUGAAGGCAACCGGCUCGUGGCCUUCCCCGUGUGGCAGCUCUCGCAGAACCCCUACCUCGUCAGCAUCGGCCUGGCCGACAACGAGUGGUCGUGCGACUGCCAGUACAUCCAGAACUUCCAGUCCUGGCUCCUGGACAACAUGAACAAGACCCAGGACCCGCACCGCAUUGGCUGCGUGUUCAACGGGCGGCGCGUGGGGCCGAGCUUCGCCAGCCUCAACGCGUCCACGUGUGCGGCCUUCACCGGGGGGUCCCCGUCCCUCGCGGACCCCCUCAUGAACGACUACCUGCCCCUGGUGCUGGUGACGCUGUGCGUGUUCGCGGCCUGCUCCUUCAUGCUGUGCGUCGCCUUCUUCUACCGGCGCGAGCUGCGCGUCUGGGUCUACUACCGGUGCGGCCUGCGCAUGUGCUACAAGACGACGGCCUUCGACGAGGAGCAGGACCGAGACCGGCUCUUCGACGCGUACGUCAGCUACAGCAUCAAGGACGAGGCGUUCGUCAGCCAGGUGCUGUCGUCCGGGCUAGAGCAGGGCGACCCUGCCUACCGCCUCUGCCUCCACUACCGGGACUUCAACGUGAGCGCCUACGUGGCGGACACCAUCGUGGAGGCCGUCGAGUCCUCCCGGCGGACCAUUAUGGUGCUCUCGCAAAACUUCCUGCACUCAGAGUGGUGCCGGUUCGAGUUCAAGUCGGCCCUGCACGAGGUGCUCAAGGACAGGCGGAGGCGGCUUAUCGUCGUGCUGCUCGGGGAGCUGCCGCAGCGCGACCUCGACCCCGACCUCCGGCUCUACCUCAAGACCAACACGGUCAUUGAGUGGGGCGACCGCCUCUUCUGGCAAAAGCUGAGGUUCGCCAUGCCGGACGUGAAGCGCAGCGGCAGCGGCGGGUCCGGCAGCCACCACCGCGGGUCCACGCGGCCCCACCACCACCAUCCGAGGGCCGCCGUCAACCUCUACUCGGCCACCACGCCGCUGCACUUUGCUGAGCGGCCGCCGGUGCCGCCGCCGCCCAACGCGCACGGCCCAGGGGGCAAGAUCCCGCCCCCACCCCCGGUGACGCUGCCGCCCCCCUUCCUGCGCAACCAGGCGACCAACAACCUGACGCUACAACACCAAAGACACCAACAGCCGCCCGCCCCCCACCACCACCAGCCGCUGUGGGCGUAGGUAAGGCUGCUUCUGUAGUGGCCCAUAGUGUGUCGUGAAAAUAUUGUUAGAAGGGGGUAAUAGAAAAAAAAAGACUCUUGAAUUGAGAUUUUACGUUUUCUAACCCCAAGAAGAUUUCCUUCGCCUUCUAUCCCAGUCAUUAGUGUAAUAUUGGCUAAAACCUUAGGCUGUGAACUGCAAAAUAUUCCUAUCUUUUUUUGUGAUGUGUUUGUUAGGGGUUUCUUUAAGUGCCGAAAGGGGUUGUGCACUCUGAUACUCUUGCGAACAAAGGGGACUUUUUUUUUUAGUGAGAGUGAGAAAGGGACUGCCUGUACGUGAGGAUUCAUGUGUGAGCAUGUGAGUGUGUGUGCGUGUGUGCAUGUGUGUGUAAGGAACAAAGGGUAGGGAAGAAAGCGGGCAGUCAUCUGCUCUGCUCUCCAUGUGGAGCCUCGGCCACAGAGGUGGCGUGAGAACUAAUAGUCUGUUAACCCCUUGCCUUGUCCGUUUCUUUAAUUGCUAAUGUUCUGCUGGCCAACAAAGUGCGGCCCACAGGGCUGCACAUACUUUACUGUGGGGCGCACUUUGUUAGCCUCAAAAGUGAUCAACGAUGUUAAAUUAUGGCCGAAUUUAGUAACUAUUUUGUUAUGGUUUCUCUUCGUUCCGUCGUUUUCAAUUAAAUUUACAAUUCACCUUUACUCUGCAAUGUAAAGGAGAAGCUUAAUCUCUCACAGAAUGAUGGCCGGUAGGCAAUCUCUACGAAUUGAGAGAAUCUUGAGUUACCAAUAGGUUUUAAAGACAAUUAUUUAAUUAUUUGUUCUUGUUGUAUUGUGUUUUUUGUUUUGUUUUGUUAAAAGCAAAGAUGAAAAAGUAUCGUUUGGUCGGCGUUUCUUUCUAGCUCUUGGUCGUUUUGUUGUUACUUAACUUGUUAAACCUUUAUCGGAUUUUGAUCUGUGGUAAAAUUGCUGAUAUGUUCGAAAAGUAUCGGUCGGAAAAAACAUGGUAUAUUAGUAAGACCCUGUAUAUCGUUUUUAAAGUGACCCGUUAAAGCCCCAAAUUUUUGUAUUCCUGAAAAAUAUGAUGUUUGCAAAGAAAUGUGCGGUAUAGAAUGUGCCAUAUUCUGUUCUUGCUUUUACAUUUUGUACGUACACGUAAUUGUAUAGAACUUGACUGAACUAUAAAAUAUACAAUGAGCUAAUGCAUAGUGCUGCAUAAAAAUUGUCUUACAUUAAAAACAUUUUGCUCACAAUUUGGAUUUGUUAAUGCUCAGAUAUGACAGAAAGCAACAGUCCGGUGUGUUGGACUUGAUAUUCGUUUAGGAAAGGACCAUGGUACAUGUAAUUGCAGCACCAGGCAGACAGCGUUUUCUCUUUCAUCUUAAACAUUAUCGUGUGAUAUCUUUCAAAUUUGCUAAGACCACGUGUACGUAAGGAGUUGUACCGUGCGUGGUUCUAUUUAAGUGCAUUUUUCCUCUGAGCAGUGAUUACGAGUAAGAGUCAAUACAUAUUUGUAGAAUAUGAGUCUUGAUACAUUAUUUAAUUGUUUUCACUCAAAAAAUAUACAUGCCGAAAAGAUACUCCGGCGACUACGCUUUAAUAAUUUGGCUUAGCUUAAUGAGGUAUUUCAGUCACAUGUUUCUUCGAUUUAAUUAAAGAACAAUUGUAUGGCCUGUGUAAUAUGGUUUGCGAAAGACUGAUUUGACUCUGCGAUCUAAGUGUGAAUAAUUGCUUUUAGAUUUUGACUGUUUUUAUUACUAUUCAGACGUGAAUAUUAUGUCAAUGAAUGCCGGCUGACACAUUGAUAGUUUUGGAGACGAGACGAGAAAAUGUCCUCUCAGACCAUGGGAUACUGAUUUGAUUCAUAAAUUAUUCUAAACUAAGACUUAAGAGCGUCGCAUUAUUUAUUUUUGUAUGAAAUAAGAAAAAUAUAAACUGUUAAUACAAUGUCAAAUAA